AUGACAGGCGGGGAGGCUGCCUAUUUAAUCCGCGCUCCGAGCUGGUUCCGCUUAUUUCUGGCUCUGAAACCGACUGAAGAAACAGCCGAGCCGCAGAAAUCCGCUCCUAAGAAAGUCACCAAGAAAGCCUUGCCCAAACCUGCGGGCAAGAACCGCAAGAGGGCGAGGAAGGAGAGUUACUCCAUCUACAUCUACAAAGUGAUGAAGCAGGUUAAUCCCGACACCGGCAUCUCCUCCAAGGUCAAUUGCAUCAUGAACUCGUUCGGCAGCGAUAUUUUCGAGCGCAUCGCGGGCGAGGCUUCCCGCCUGGCCCAUUACAACAAGCGGUCGACCAUCACCUCCCAGGAGAUCCAGACGGCCGUGCACCUACUGCUGCCCGGGGAGCUGGCCAAGCACGCCGUGUCGGAAGGGACCAAGGCGGUGACCAAGUACACCAGCUCGUCUCGCUCGUCCCGGGCCGGACUGCAGUUCCCUGUGGGCCGUGUUCACAGGCUCCUGAGGAAGGGCAACUAUGCUGAGCGGGUGGGUGCCGGAGCUCCUGUCUAUCUGGCUGCUGUGCUCGAGCAUCUGACGGCUGAAAUCCUGGACCUGGCCGGCAACGCGGCCCGGGUCAACAAUAAGACCCUUAUCAUCCCCAGCCACCUGCAGCUGGCCGUCCGCAACGACGAGGAGCUCAACAAGCUGCUGGGAGGGGUGACCAUCGCUCAGGGCGGGGUGCUGCCCAAUAUCCAGGCCGUGCUGUUGCCCAAGAAAACCGGCGGCGCCAGCAAGUGA